AUGAAAUACCGCCUAAUCGCUGUGAUGUUUACGUCGAAAUGCGUACUACUGCUUGUCAUAAUGAUAUCAGGAGUAUUCCAGAAGGAUGGCAAUACCUUACCAUUUACAGGUGAAGAGAAAUUGGAGGACCAUCCAGCAGCUAAACACUUUCAAGAUGUCUGCAUCAAGACUGACCUCAAGUCUGAAAGCUUUUGCUAUGUGUGCUAUAAUGUGUCCGCAGUGACCACUGUAAUCCUAUUACCCACUGUCUCAAUUUCAUCCGGAACGGGCGUGCCAUUCAAUACGAUUGCAUGUGGAUUUUCUUACUUAACUGGUCAUGCUGAGAGCAAUCACGUCAUUGUCACCAUGGAGAACAUAGGAUCUGAGGACUUAAACAUGUUUACAAAUCGGACUCAAUUCUGGGGCGGAACUACGCCAUCCGAAUUGCCAUGGAAUUUGUCGGAGAUGAUUCAACGGGCGAAUGGCGCUGUGCAUAUGGCAGUGCAACUGAGGUUAUGCAUAUUGCUGAGACGACGUGCGCGAAAUAUGAGCGGAUGGCAAAUGCAGAGAAAACAGCAGGCGACAAGAACUUCACCUGCGUUGUAAAAGGUCCACAUUGGGCACAUCUGGAAGGAGGAUUUUUGUUGCACUUCGAGUCGGAUGAAGCGGACAACAUCACCGUAACAAAAAAGGAUUUGGAAAAGCGAAACAACACGAGAGUUGGUUACGACAUUACUGACUUGCAAAUUAAACUCCUAUGUGCUACACGCUAAUGUCAAUAAUA